GUAGGAGAGGGAAGAAGGAGAGAGGAGAGAGGGAGAGAGGGAAAAUAGAGGCGGAGAGGAAUGGAGAUCAUGUGGAGUAUCGGCGUAUCUUCGCUAAUUGUUUUAGACUGCCUGGCAGACCAGGAAGGGUGUCUGAUAUCAGGUCACGUGACCAUAUACUUUCCCAGUGGCCCUGAUGGGCUUAGAGACAGCCGAGGCGUGGCCACCAGUCCCACCAGCUACCACCAGAACCAGCACACCAUCAACAGCGCCAGCCCGACCCCACCACGGAAGUUCUCUUGCCCCACUGGCACUGAUUGAGUCACGUGGACUCUCCUCGCGCUCUAGGGCAUGUGCCCUAGCCCCCGCACGCCCAAUCUUCAAUCCUCGCACGCUCCCCACUCGCUGCCUCCGAAAAUUUCGUGAAAAAUUGCAGGCCAACCUCACCUAAAAAUUUUUAACGGAAAGUUCUUUAUACUUUUGCUUUGUAUAACCAACAGGAACAAAUCAAGAUGCCAUUAGUUGUCCAAGAAUCAGGUUCAUUCCAACACAUUUUACGGUAUGUUACAACCAACAGCAGCACGGCAAGAGACUGAUGGAUGGCGUUCAUGCUGGUCCUGUCAUCGUCCAACCCAAAUCGAAGUCAAGGGUCAAGUGGCCCAGAAUCACCAGAGAGCAACAGCACAGCCAGAGAGGAGUCACCAAAGAACUCACACAGUUUCAGCAUGGCAUUUCGUCCAGUCUCAGCCAGUUUCGUCCAGUCUUACUCAGGCAAUACUAACAGUCUAGUUUGUUGAACACCAACAUUGAUGGUAGAAUCAAGAUCAUGUACGCCUUGACCAAGAUCAGAGGUGUCGGUCGUAGAUACUC